CGAGCCGGGGGCCGGAGGGGCGAUCCCCGCCGCCCCGUCCCCGCCGGCAGAGGAAGGGGACACGCGGCAGCGCUACGAGGAACUCUGCAGCAGCCUCAACAUGGACGAGCGCGCCCGCUCCGAGGCCUGGCUCAGCUACCAGAGCAUGAAGCGCAACUACACGCUGGAGGGCAAUGAGCUGCACUGGUUGGCGUGUGCCCUCUACGUGGCCUGUAGGAAAGCCAUCCCGACCGUCAGCAGGGGGACGGUUGAGGGUAAUUACGUAUCCCUGACCCGCAUUUUGCGCUGCUCCGAACAAAGCUUGAUUGAGUUUUUUAACAAGAUGAAGAAAUGGGAAGACAUGGCAAACCUGCCCUCCCAGUUCCGAGAAAGGACUGAAAGACUGGAGAGAAACUUUACAGUCUCUGCAGUAAUUUUUAAGAAGUAUGAGCCCAUUUUUCAGGACUUGUUCAGAUACCCUCAGGAAGAUCCACCCCGUCAACAGAGAGGAAGAAAACAGAGGCGACAGCCGUGCACAGUAACCGAAGUUUUCCAGUUUUGCUGGGUGCUGUUUGUUCAUGCAAAAGGUAAUUUUCCCAUGAUCAGUGAUGACUUGGUCAAUUCCUAUCAUCUCUUGUUAUGUGCUUUGGAUCUAGUGUAUGGAAAUGCUCUCCAGUGCCCUAACCAUAAAGAACUUCUGAAUCCCAAUUUUAAAGGUCUGCCUGAAGACUUUCAUAGUAAGGACUAUAAAGCAUCAUCUGAUCCUCCCUGCAUCAUUGAAAAGCUGUGUUCAUUACAUUACGGAUUGGUUUUAGAAGCAAAAGGCAUAAAGGAGCAUUUUUGGAAGCCAUACAUUCGGAAACUUUUUGACAAGAAGCUUUUAAAAGGAAAAGAUGAAAAUCUGACUGGAUUUCUAGAUCCUGGAAACUUUGGAGAUAGCUUCAAAGCCAUCAACAAGGCCUAUGAGGAGUAUGUCUUGUCAGUAGGAAAUCUCGAUGAGCGAAUAUUUCUCGGGGAAGAUGCAGAUGAAGAAAUUGGAACUCUCACACGGUACUUAAAUACACCCUCAGGAGUGGAAACAGCUGAGCGAGUACAAGUGAAGCAUAAUUUACAGCAACACUUUGACAGAUCUAAAUCGCUUCGGAUGACGACCCCCCUCACUGGCCGCAGGUACGUGAAGGAGAGCAACCCCUAUGUGACACCUGUUUCCAUCGCGACCUACAGCUUGAGCCGCCUUCACACCAUGCUGGCAGGGCUGAAAAAUGCCCCCAGUGAAAAUCUGGAGCAAAUCUUCAGGGCAUGUUCCAGAGAUCCUUCACAGUCUAUUGCAAGCAGAGUGAAAGAGAUGUGUGAAGUAUACUGCCAGAGCAUGCAGUCUGAAGAAGAAUUCAGUAAUUUGACCAAAGAUGUGGCCAGCAAGCAUUUUCGUCGUGCUGAGGUACUCUACUACAAGGUUUUGGAGUUGGUCAUUGAGCAAGAGAGGAGGAGACUGGGAGAUGCAGACUUAUCUGCAGUACUGGAGCAAGAUGUGUUUCAUCGCUCCCUGCUGGCGUGCUGCCUUGAGAUUGUCACCUUCACGUACAAGUUACCUGGAAGCUUUCCCUUCAUCACUGAAAUAUUUGACAUUCCAGUUUAUCACUUCUAUAAGGUAAUUGAGGUUUUCAUUAGAGCAGAAGAUGGCCUUUGUCGGGAAGUUGUAAAACACCUUAAUCAUAUUGAAGAACAGAUCUUGGAAAGCAUGGCCUGGAAACAGGAGUCCAUACUGUGGGACAGAAUCAGAGAUAACGACAACAAAGUUCCUAGCUGCGAAGAGGUCAUGCCACCUCAGUAUUUUGAGAGAUCUGCUGCCAACAGUGUUGUGGGUUCUCCACUGACACCAAGACGACUAAAUGAGGUCCGAGCUGAAACCGGAGGCCUGGGAAAAGGCAUUUCAUCUUCUCCUACUACCCUGUAUGACAGAUACAGCUCUCCUACAGCCCACCCUACCAGGAGAAGGUUGUUUGUUGAUAACGAUAAUACCUCCGACAACGGAACUCCAGUCAGAGUUUCCCAGCAGCCCGUGGUAAAUACGGUGCCUGUGCAGAACGUGAAUCCUGAAGCAGUGUCAGUAACUCCAGUGCCUGGUCAGACAUUGGUUACAGUAGCAACCGCCACCGUAACAGCCAACAAUGGGCAAACUGUGACCAUUCCUGUACAAGGUAUCGCCAAUGAAAAUGGAGGAAUAACUUUCUUCCCAGUGCAGGUAAACGUAGGGGCCCAGCCUCAAGCUGUCUCUGGCUCCAUUCAGCCCCUCAGUGCCCAGGCUCUCACGGGCACUCUGAGCACUCAGGUGUCAGGGGCAACGCUGCAGCUCCCAGGACAGGUCACUGUUCAGCACAUCACCUCUGGGGAGCCAAGGCCAGCCCAGCACCUCACUGCCACAGCCGCUCGCUCCCGGAAGAUGGGCUCGCUUUCCCUCUUCUUUAGAAAGGUGUAUCAUUUAGCAAGUGUUCGUCUGCGGGAUCUCUCUGUCAAACUGGAUAUAUCUGAUGAGCUGCGGAAAAAAGUCUGGACGUGUUUUGAGUAUUCCCUGAUGCACUGCCCUGAAAUCAUGAUGGACAGGCAUCUGGAUCAGCUGCUGAUGUGCGCCAUCUACGUAAUGGCCAAGGUUACAAAGGAAGACAGGUCGUUCCAGAACAUUAUGCGCUGCUACCGGACACAACCGCAAGCCAAGAGUCACGUGUACCGGAGUGUGCUGAUAAAAGGCAGGAGACGCCGCCGCCAGUCUGGCAGCAGUGACAGCAGCAGCCAGCAGAACUCCCCUACAGACAGAAGUAAGGAGAGAAGUAAAGAAAGAACCAGCAGAGACUCCAGCCCUGUGAUGCGCUCCAGCAGCACCCUGCCUGUGCCCCACCCCAGCAGUGCUCCUCCUACUCCCACCCGCCUGACCGGAGCAAACAGCGAUACUGAGGAGGAAGAGCGAGGAGACCUCAUACAGUUCUACAACAGCAUCUACAUUGAGCAGAUCAAGGAAUUUGCCCUGAAGUACACUUCAAAUGGGACGGACUCCCCUCCGCUCUCACCCUACCCCUUUGUGAGAAUUAGCUCUCCUCGCAGAGUACAGCUGACUCAGAACCAGCCGGUGUACAUCUCACCCCACAAAAACGUGUCUGCUCUCUCUCAUCGAGAGAAAAUAUUCUAUUAUUUCAGCAGCAGCCCAUCUAAGAGGCUAAAGGAAAUUAACAGCAUGAUUAGAACAGGAGAAACGCCAACCAAGAAGAGAGGCAUUCUCUUAGAAGAUGAUAGUGAAGCACCAGCUAAGAGAAUCUGUCAGGAAAACCACACUGCUCUGUUACGCCGACUGCAAGAUGUAGCCAACGACCGAGGGUCCCACUGAGCGCAGGGGCUCAGCACAGGUAGGCCCUCUCUGCUGCUGGCGGCUCAGAGCAUGCCAUGGACUCACAAAGCCGUGCAGGCAUCGGGAUGCUCCUGCCAGCCCGUGGUGACCAGUCCCUGCUGGGCUGUGCCGAGCCUCUGCUUCCCCAGUGCCAGGGACAGGGAGGAUGCGUUCUGAACUCUGCAGCUCCACUCUGCCUGUCGUAAAGCUGGUCGGAAGGCAGGUGACCUACCUGCAGCCUUUGGCUGCACUAGGCAGUUCAAAGCUUUUUAUUGCUUGGAGAACGCGUCCCUCGCACAGCUUUCUACCUAGCAGCAGGUAUUUGCAUCUAUUUGCUCAACCAGUCUACUUACAGUGUUUUCAUCAAUGCUUGACCAUUUUCAGCUUUGUAAUAGGAAGUUGCAUAUGUAUCAAACAUGGGAGCAUUGUACCAAGGCGCUCGUAGCCAAACGUUCUGGGGAAAAACAAAAAAAAGGAAAAAAUAAGCAUUAAUGACUGCCAUAAAAAUAAUCAUUUAUAAGUAAUAGUCUAGCAAUGUCCAGCCUUUUCUGCUUGGAAAGGGAAGAUAGGAAUAAGCUUUUUGAGAGCUGAAGGAAGCUACCUGUAUGGAUUCUGUAUGUAUCCGGGAUGCUUUGUGUGCCACCAAAUCCACCAUGCUGUUUUGCUGUAACAUCUGGGCACCCUGUUGUAUAGAAGUAGCUAACUCCACUUACACACUGUUGUUAGCUGUGCAAUGUUUUAAAGUGAACUCGUGUUCAAAAGGUGGCACUUUUGAUAGGGCUGUGAAGCAUUGGUUUUAAGGCAGAUGAGUUUUGCUGUAUAUUUGCAAUGGCACUUUCUAAAUGUGAAUAUCUUUUUCAAGGCUGACUUCAGCCAUUUUUCUUAAUGGAAGCAAUCCAAUUUUUGUAUUUAUUUUCAAAUUGACAUCCCACAGCUCUCCUUCAGCAAACGGCAUUAAGAAUUCAUUUUAACGUUACAUGCAUGCAGUAACAAAUGCAGGAGGUCAGGGAUGUGGGCUUUGGUCAAGAAAUUUUAUUUACGCUUGCGUUGUUUCUUCAGAUUGCUCUGCUUGAGAGUCAGGAAUCGGCCCUCACUUCCUCAGUAGAAGGAAGGUGGCCUCGAUCUCUUAAAGAUGCACACUGUGCUUUUGGAGUGGUUUUAAAGGACAGAGAGAGAGGGGUUUGGUUUUUUUAAUGGACAGAAUCAGGCUGCCUGGGAGAAAUCUCUCUCCUGCUAAUGGUAUAAGAAAGCAAUGCAUAUAUUAAUUAGAUCUACUAAUUGUUUUCAUUUAAAUUAAUCCUAAAAUACCAACCUUGUUGGUAUGCUCAGACCUUUCCUGAGAAUUAGUGUCCUAUGCCAGCUUAUUCAUCUUUAAGGACAACUGGGGACAAUGUUGUUGUUCUUGUAAAAUUCAGCACACACAGAUGCUAGAAGGUUUUAUAAGGAAGCAGAACUUGAAAGCUCAGUGUUCUCAUUCAUCCCCGCUCCUUUGAAUAACGGGAAGAUUUAGGACUUAAUUCCGCAGUAAAAUCAGUUAAGGUAAAAUAAAAGCGUCUUUUGUUCUUACCUGUGUAAGAAGGCCUGAAGUCAAGCAGUGGUGUAGAUGUUCCUGUAAAAAUAUUUAUGAACUUGUCAGACAAUUCUUGUUAUUCUGUACCAUUUACAUUAAUUUGUAUGAAAAUAUUGCAAGUGUAUUUUUCAAUAAAGAACUCAUCAUAA